AUGUCGUCAUUACUGGCACCGGGCAACCCCACUACCUUAUCCAAGCACAACGCCAAAGACGAAUUUGCUGCUGUUGAUAAAGGCAAGUGGAAGGUGGACUUGGACAACUAUGCCCAGUUCAACGCCCAAGAGAUUCACUCCGGUUAUUUAAACCGCCUUCACACCAGUCGUGAAUUUAAAGCCGGCCUGGUCAACCUGAUGAAGGAGCGCUUUGAGGCUGAGCUUAAUAUGAAAGAAUCCCAAGUCGCCGAUCUUCGUCGGAACAUCUCCACCCAACAAGCUACAACAUCAAAGGCCCAGACAGAUUUGAAAACUGCUUUGGAAGAGAUGGAAAAGAUGAAGAAGGACUUCAAGUGGAAGAGGAGCCAGAUCCCAUGCCGCUCCGCGCCCCUGACGCCGCUGCCCUUCUCCGACGCCACCACGCCGGCGCCACCUCGCCGAGCGCCGCCCCGCUCCGCGUCGCCUCGCCUCCUCACCUCUCCCUCGUCGGCUCCGUCGAGCCUCGCCGACCUGUUCGACUACAACGGGGGUGAGCUCACCCGCCCUCCUCUCACUACCCCCUACGCAUCGCCGUCGCCGCCGUUCACGCUCACUGCCCGGUGGCCACGCCCGCACCUCGCCCGCGCGUCCCGCGUGCCCCGGCCUGCCGCCGCCCUGCGCUCCGACCGAGCCCGCCUCGUCGUGCGCACAGCUCCCCACCGUCUGCUCCGGCCACGCUCCCGGUCGCUCCAGCCUUCCCCGCGCGCGUCCGCAAGGGCCUCCCCCCCACUCGCGUCUGCCGUUGCUGGCGCGCCGCCCGCUGCGACCGCAAGCCGCGCCCGCCGCCGGCGAACGCCCUCGCCGGCCACAAGCCCCGCUCACCUGCCGCAGCUCCCGCGGCCGGCCACGCCCCCUGGCCGCACCGCGCCGGUUGGAUAG